AUGGCAAAGGAUGGUUCCUUGUUUGUCAGAUUCCGACAAUUUGAUGCCUAUGCUAAAACACUCGAUGACUUUCGCGUAAAGACACUAACAGGCGCCUCUGUAACCGUCAUUAGUGCGAUCAUCAUCAUCUUCCUUGUUUUAUCUGAAUUGAUUGCAUACCGCACUCCAACAUGGGUGCCUGAGCUGAUUGUAGACAAGGGUAGAAAAGAAAAGAUGACCAUCAACUUUAACAUCACCUUUCCAAAAAUGCCGUGUCACAUGUUAAGCCUAGAUAUAAUGGAUGAUUCAGGAGAACACAUCACAGGAUAUAGUCAUGAUGUAUACAAGGUACGCCUGGAUUUAAUGGGAGUUCAGAUCAAGUCAGAAAAGGAGCAAAAGCUUGGAGACAACACAAAGGCUGCAGAAAAAGCUUUGCUAGCUCCAGAUUCAUGUGGUAGUUGUUACGGCGCAGUUUCUUCCCGUGAAGACAAAUGCUGCAAUACAUGUGAAGAUGUCCGAGAAGCAUACGUAAACAUGGGAUGGGGCCUUGGGGAUACUGAUAAGAUUGAACAAUGCUUAAGAGAGGGCUGGCGUGAACGUAUUGAGACUCAAUCCAACGAAGGUUGUAAUGUUCAUGGGCAUCUAUCAGUGAAUAAAGUCCGUGGAAAUUUCCACAUCGCACCUGGUCAAGCGUUUCAACAGUCUAGUAUGCACGUCCACGACCUCAAUAACUUUAUCGCAGGUGCUCCUGAUGGGCACUCAUUUGAUCUUUCACACAAUAUCCAUCGUCUCAAAUUUGGUCCUGAUACUAAUGAUGAGAACGAGGCGAUCAUGGCCAUUACCAACUCACUUGCUGGAACAAACAAAGUGACAGAUAAAACGCGUGUUGUAUAUCAAUAUUUCUUGAAGAUUGUUUCGACUGAACUGAGACCUUUGUCUGGGAAUCCUAUUUAUACAAACCAAUAUGCAUACACCCAGAAUGAACGUGUGUUACAGGAAGGAAACAACGGUCUUCCAGGCGUCUUCUUUAAUAUGGAUAUUUCCCCGAUGAUGAUCAUCUACCGUGAAACACGUCCUUCUUUUACCAGUUUUAUCACUGGUGUCUUUGCUAUCGUAGGUGGUAUAUUUACAGUUGCAGGGCUUUUGGACCGUGUCAUGUAUCGUGCAGAACGAACGAUCAAAAAGAUGGAUUCUGGAAAGGGGCUUUGAUUUCCUUUCUUAACGAGGUGCAAAUAUACAGAGCCUCAUCAAAACGUAGAUCAUAUAAUAUAAUUUAAAGAAAAAAUGAAUUUAUCUUGCUGCUUCAUAAACCUCGUGUAUUUUCUGCGCAAACGUAUCUUUAUUUAUUUUAAACAGAAUAUAUUAUGACAGACACAUUAUUAAAUGACUUAUAUAAAUAAAAUAAAAGAAGUUUCCUGUAUG